GCCAAAGAAGAAAGAAUUGUUGUCCUGGAAACUGAAAAUGCUGCUCUUCAUCUAAAACUUGCAGAGUAUCAAGGGUUGGCUGGCAGAAGCACUAAGGAAGUUUUGCAGCUCUACACUGCUCAUGGCCAGCAGCAGAAAUUGCAGAGGAGUUCUGCUGUAACCCAGCUGCAUGGAGCAAUAAAGAGGCUUAAGCAAGACCUGAAGAGCCUCCAUUCAUUUGCUCUUGAGCUUUCAAAAGACUUUCAGCGUCAAAGCAAGACUUGUCUAUACCGAGUUCUGGCAGCAGUCCAAGAGAUACAGCUGCAAAAUGAAGCAAUGCAAAUGUUUCAGAUAAAAGCUUUUGGUCUUGAGCAGUCUCUACAAGAGGUGACAGAGAGAUAUGAGAAAGAAAAGCAGAAGAGGAAGGCUCUGCAUAACAGCUUGGUUGAACUGAGAGGAAAUAUCAGAGUCCACUGCAGGAUCCGACCAUUACUACCUUUUGAUGAUGCUGCUGGACAUUUGAUAUCACAAGAUAGGCACUGAAUUGCAGUGCAAAACGUGGCAUAUGCAGCUGAUGAUGAAACUGUCCUUGUCAAGUGCAGUCGUCCUGGCCAUGCAUCAAUAAACAAGACUUUUCAGUUUGAGAGAGUUUACAAUGAUUUGGAAUCUCAAGAUACAGUAUUUGCAGAUGUGGCCCCUUUGCUAACAUCUCUCCUGGAUGGGUACAAUGUGUGCAUCAUGGCUUAUGGGCAAACUGGAAGUGGGAAGACAUACACAAUGUUGGGACCACAGUUAGAGGAGAACUUUUCAUACUCCAUGGAAGAUGAAUCACAACUUGGAAUUAUUCCUCGAGCUACCCAAGAAGUGUUCAGGCUUAUUUCAGAAAAGCCACCAGGAACUUACUGGGUUGAAGUUUCUGUUGUAGAAGUGUAUAAUAAUGAAAUUUUUGAUCUUCUGGCCAAAGACAGUUAUGGAAAAGUAUUUGGCGUCAAACGUGAUGUUGUCACAACCAGAGAAGGAAAGAGUGAUAUACAUUUAUUGACUUAUCAGACUGUUGAAAAUGCAUCUGAAUUUUUGCAUCUAGUCAACAAAGGACUACAGCUGAGAGUCAGGCACCCAACACUGGUGCAUGCUCAUUCCUCUCGUUCUCAUCUGGUAGUUACAUUGACCAUAACCACAGUUGUCUUUGGCGAUAACUUUGGUACUUCGUGGGAAGAUGAACAAACCAGUCAGAGACUAAGUAAAGAGGUUUCCUGCACCUUUCCACAAAAAAUGAGGGACAAUAAAUCCACCUCUUCCGGAACCUCUUCACCAGUGCAACUCGAAGCAACUGAGAGAAUGAAGCAAGUCAGAACUAGACUGCAGCUGGUGGACCUGGCUGGUAGCGAGUGUGUCGGUAUGUCUGGAGUGACAGGAGCAGCUCUGAGAGAGACAUCGUUUAUUAACCGCAGCUUGUCUGCCUUAGCCGACGUUCUGGGAGCAAUAGCAGAACAGAGAUCUCACGUCCCAUAUCGAAACAGCAAACUUACACAUCUGCUUCAGGACUCUGUAGGAGGUGAUGCUAAGCUGUUGGUGAUGCUGUGCAUCUCUCCUGGCCAGAAGUACUUAACAGAAUCGAUGCAGUCUCUGGGAUUUGGAACUCGUGCUCGGCAAGUUCAAAGAGGCCAAGUUAAGAAAAAAAAUUUCCAAGUGCUGAGUAAAGCAAAUAAAACCUAA